GACACUAUCAAGGUUUGCAUUAUUGUUCCUUCUACUGGUAAUGCUUGGGAAAUUAUGCUACUAAAAUGCUGAAUUCCAGUCUGUACGAUUGCUGAGUAACCCGAGCCCUGCCCACCGCGCUGUAGUAAAGCUGCUGCUGAGUGGAAGCAGCAGUGAGACGAAGGACGUGCAUUUGCAAUCUUUCGAUUUCAACGUGAUUAAACACAUUACGGAUUCGUGGCACACACUGCAGAUUGUAGCCCCGAAUGUACUGAUGAAGAAAUGGCAGCGGAAUCGACCCGGAGAUUUACGAAAAGCCUACUGAAGCCGGGAAGCGCCGCUGAGAUACGGCAAACCGCAUCCAAUGUCGUAAGGAAUGCUACUAUAACGCAGGAGAAGCCCAAAGUGAUUGACCCCCUGGACUAUGAAGCUGUGAUUUCAGAGCUUGAAGCUGAGUUCAGGGAAGAUCCCCUGCAAGAUCUUUUACUAUUCCCAGACCUUGACUUCACUGUGUCCACUGUUCCUGUAGAGAGGAGAACCGUGAAGUCCACCGUGCCAGAGGGAGCUGACGAACAUGCUGAAUGUCUGCUGGUCAGACAGGCUUGUCAAUUCUUCAACUCCCAGCUGCAUGUGGUCCAGUAUAAAUAUGAAGAGUAUGCAGGGGACUACCGCAUGCUGCCCAGGAAGCUGUAUAAAGCAGAGAAGUUGCCCUCCCACUCUUUUGAGAUUGACCAUGAAGAUGUGGACAAAGAUGAGGACACAACCUCUUUGUCAUCAUCUAAAGGAGGAGGAGGUGGUGCAGGUGGUGGAGGUGUAGGGGGGAUCGGCGUUUUUAAGUCUGGCUGGCUCUAUAAAGGGAACUUUAACAGCACUGUCAACAACAGUAUUACUGUCCGGUCCUUCAAGCGAAGGUAUUUCCAGUUGACUCAGCUAACUGACAACUCUUAUAUCAUGAACUUCUAUAAAGAUGAGAAAAUAUCAAAGGAACCUAAAGGCUGUAUUUUUCUGGACUCGUGCACCGGGGUGGUUCAGAAUAACCGCCUGAGGAAACACGCCUUCGAGUUGAAAAUGAAUGAAGUGACGUAUUUCGUCCUGGCUGCCGAGAACGAGCAGGACAUGGAUGACUGGAUCAACACUUUAACACGCAUCCUGCAGAUCAGUCCUCCUGAGGGCCCGGUUCUGGACCGUAAGAGUAUGGACCUGAGCGACAGUAAGCACGAGAUCAUUGAUAUGUCGUUGAAUCAUGUUCAUGUCCAUGAAAAUGAGGAAACGACUGAAAAUGGAAUCCACCCUGAACUGGCCAAGUAUAUUUCUGAGACCGAGGAGGGCUCGAGAUCUGCCAGAGGACAGGAAAGACUAAACCUGUUCUCCCUGGACCCUGAUAUCCCUGUUUUGCGGAGUGUCAGGAUGGAGAAUGGAGAUUCCGUCCAGCCAUUUGAUGAGAAGCUUGGGAGGAGACUGAUGAUCUCCUGUGGCUCACUCAACCUCACACUGCAGGGCUGCGUGAACGAGGCCGACACUGAGCCGGUUACUAAUAUCGAGCCUUUCUUUGUGUCGGUUUCUCUUCUGGACAUCCGCGAGGGCAGGAAGGUUUCCGCUGACUUCCAUGUGGACUUAAACCACGAGGUUGUGCGGCAAAUGCUCAGUAGUUCUGGUAAUCCAGGAGAUCAAGGGUUGGAUCCACAGGAAAAUGGCCUCAACUCGUCUGUAGAGAAGAAAACAGAGGACUGCCAAUUGAGCCCAGACUUGGAGAACUGGCUGCGCUUCCCUAAACAGGCGAUUUUUUCCGUGACGAACCCACACACAGACAUUGUGAUGGUGGCACGGGUGGAGAAAGUUUUGAUGGGGAAUAUUUCCAGUGGUACAGAGCCCUACAUUAAAAACACAGAUUCCAGCAAGACUGUCCAAAAAAUGUUGAAAUCCAACAAGCAAUUCUGUAGCAAACUUGGAAAGUACCGAAUGCCUUUUGCCUGGUCUGUCAGGUCAGUAUUUAAGGACAACCAGGGCACAGUGGACAGGGAUUGCCGCUUCUCUCCUCUCUUCAAACAGGAAAGCAAUAAGAUUUCCACAGAAGAUCUCAUCAAACUCAUCACAGAGUACAGGAGGGCAGAGAAGGCCAGUAAACUCCAGACCAUCCCUGGAAACCUUGAAAUAAAUGUGGACUGCGUUCCCAUGGAAUGCCCCAAUUGCGUGACAUCGUCAUAUGUUGCUCUGAGGCCGUUUGAGGACUGUGGCCUUCAUGCUCCUACAGUGGAGGUAGAUGAGUUCCUACAGGACUCAUCCAAGUUUGCCCAACCUUACAGAGUCUACAAGAAUCACAUCUAUAUCUACCCUAAACACCUCAAGUAUGACAGCCAAAAGAGUUUUGCAAAGGCUCGGAACAUCGCAGUUUACGUAGAGUUCAGAAGCUCCGAUGAAGAAAAUGCCAAGCCUCUUAAGUGCAUCUACGGAAAGCCAGGAGGUCCAGUAUUCACCACGGCUGCCUGUUCCACGGUCCUGCACCAUUCACAGAACCCAGAUUUUUACGACGAGGUCAAGAUUGAGCUGCCCACACAUCUUCAUGAGAAACACCAUUUACUCUUCUCCUUCUAUCAUGUGACCUGUGACAUCAAUGCCAAGACCAGCUCUAAGAAGAAAGAGGCUCUUGAAACUCCAGUGGGUUAUGCGUGGUUGCCUCUGCUGAAGGACGGCCGUAUUUCCUCUCAGGAUUUCAGCAUUCCAGUCUCCUGCACUUUGCCUGGUGGAUAUCUACUCAUUAAAGAUGCUUCAUCCACCAAAAAUGGCUCCGAUGUGAAGUUGGUCGAUGGGGGGAAGCAGAUCUUCAAAGUGUCCACUGUGGUGCUCUCUACAGUUUAUACUCAGGACCCCCAUCUAAACCGCUUCUUCCAGCAGUGCCAGAAACGAGAGGCAGACCUCUCUCAACCUCCUACCUCAAACUUCCUCAACUGCCUUAAAGGCCUCCUGAGUAUGGAGAAGAUUCAUGUGAUUAUUCGCUUCCUUCCUGUUCUCUUCAACCAGCUCUUCAAAGUGCUUACCCAAAACGACAGUGAUGAAGUGACCGCCAGCACCACCAGGGUCCUGGUCCACAUCUUAGCUAAGUGUCAUGAGGAGAAUAUGGACCACUAUUUGCACUCUUACAUAAAGUUUGUCUUUAAGACCGAGGCAUGUGGCUUCAGAACUGUUCACGAAGAGUUGGCCAAGGGAAUGACCUCUGACCUGAAGAGCAACGAACAGUCGGUCGUUCGAAAUAUCCUUAAGUUCUCGUGGUUCUUUCUGGAGAUCAUAGUGAAGUCGAUGGCUCAGCAUCUGCUGGACUCAGCUAAGCUGAAGCUCCCUCGACCGCAGCGAUUUCCUGGAACUUUCCAAAGUCGAUUGGAUACCCUGAUCAUGACGAUGUCCGAUCACAUCUUCUGGAAGAAUAAAGAGUUUGCAGAGGAGACACGCAGCGCUAAUAUGGCCAUAGCGGCUUUUGUGAAGCGGUGCUUCACAUUCAUGGACAGAGGUUUCACUUUUAAACUGAUCAGCAACUACAUAAACAUGAUCACAGCCAGUGACAACAAGGCGCUGUUUGAGCUGAAGUUUGAGUUCAUAAGAGAAGUGUGUAACUAUGAGCACUGUGUCCCUCUGAGUCUUCCCAUCCCGUCUGCACGAAUCACAGACAAGGAAUCACUGGAAACCCAAAGUGCUCAGGUGGGCUUUCCAGAGUAUAGUUUGACCGAAGAGUUCUGCAGGAAACAUUUCCUCACAGGAUUGUUGUUGCGAGAGCUGGGACUCGCUUUGCAAGAAGAGCAAGACCUGAGACACCUCGCCCUGUCCUGCCUGAAGAACCUCAUGGCCAAACAUUCUCUGGACUCUCGUUAUGCCGUAAAGGAGAAACAGGCACGGAUAGCCACUCUGUACCUGCCUCUGUAUGGUCUGAUCCUUGACAACAUGCCUCGCUUUUUCCUCCGAGAUCUCUUUCCAAUCUGCCUGACGGCUAGUGACCAGGGUUCCAGAGAUGAUCUUAAUGUGGGUGUAGCUUUAGCAGGUCAGGUGACCCAUGUCUUACGCCACGGGAACUCAAUGGAUGCAUCCUUUUCCAAGGAAGUACUCAACUCCAUUACAGCCUUUUCUUCACUGGCCGUGUCGACAACUAAUAAUGCAGACUCCAGAGGUUCUCUCAUCAGCAUUGAGUCGAACCCCAGCAACAGUGACCGCAACAGUGAGAAGAUGGAUGGAUGUGAAAAGGUUGCCAGGCCUCAGUCUCUAAUUGGAUUUGGUUCACGCUUUGACAAACUGGAUCAAGCAGAGACCAGAAGUUUGCUCAUAUGUUUCCUGCACAUCAUGAAGACCAUUUCAGAGGAGGUGAUGGUUUCAUACUGGCAUCGAGCGAUUCACCAGGAGAUCAGUGAUUUCUUCAAUAUCCUGGAAUUAUGUCUACAACACUUCCGGUUCCUUGGAAAGCGCCACAUUGCCAGGAAGCUAGCGGCCGCGGUUAAGCUGGCUCAGGCCACACAGAACAAUGGCACCCUGAAGGGGUCUAACGCGUCCUACCAGUCUUCAGGGCUCCUACCCCAAUGGAUUGUGUCCGCUCCAGAUGGGCACAGACACGCACGCUCCCAGACCAUGCCCAUCAUCAGGGGGAAGAACGCCCUCGCAAACCCCAAACUGCUGCAUAUGAUGGAGACAGAUGGAAAUGCUCCUGACGGAGAAAACGUCAACCCUACAGACAUUGAGGCUAACCUUUCUACUGAAGUAGCCCUGACCGUGCUGGACGUCCUGGACCUGUUCGUUUGCCAUCACAAGAAACAGCUGCAGCACGAUGAAGGGCAAAACUCCUUGAUGAAAAAAGUGUUUGACACGUACCUGCUGUUCUUCCAGAUCAACCAGUCCACCAGCACCCUCAGACACGUGUUCACCGCCCUGCGCCUCUUCAUUCAGAAGUUCCCGUCCACGUUCUUCCAGGGGAAAGCGGAUCUGUGUGGCAGCCUGUGUUACGAGAUCCUGAAGUGUUGCAGUCACCGCUCCAGCUCCACACAGACCGAAGCCGCCGCGCUGCUCUACUUCCUCAUGAGGAAGAACUUCGAAUUCACCAAGGGCAAGUGCAUCGUGCGCUCACACCUGCAGGUGAUUAAAGCUGUGAGUCAGCUGAUCGCGGAUGUAGGAAUCGGGGGUUCACGCUUCCAGCAGUCUCUGGCCAUCAUCAACAACUUCGCCAAUGGAGACACGCCACUUAAAGUGAGAGUUUCGCAAAAACAACACUUUAAAGCUGCAGUGUCAUGUCUGCGCCGCCAAACAGAACUGAUUGUGUCCGCUCCGGAUGGGCACAGACACGCACGCUCCCAGACCAUGCCCAUCAUCAGGGGGAAGAACGCCCUCGCAAACCCCAAACUGCUGCAUAUGAUGGAGACAGAUGGAAAUGCUCCUGACGGAGAAAACGUCAACCCUACAGACAUUGAGGCUAACCUUUCUACUGAAGUAGCCCUGACUGUGCUUGACGUCCUGGACCUGUUCGUUUGCCAUCACAAGAAACAGCUGCAGCACGAUGAAGGGCAAAACUCCUUGAUGAAAAAAGUGUUUGACACGUACCUGCUGUUCUUCCAGAUCAACCAGUCCACCAGCACCCUCAGACACGUGUUCACCGCCCUGCGCCUCUUCAUUCAGAAGUUCCCGUCCACGUUCUUCCAGGGGAAAGCGGAUCUGUGUGGCAGCCUGUGUUACGAGAUCCUGAAGUGUUGCAGUCACCGCUCCAGCUCCACACAGACCGAAGCCGCCGCGCUGCUCUACUUCCUCAUGAGGAAGAACUUCGAAUUCACCAAGGGCAAGUGCAUCGUGCGCUCACACCUGCAGGUGAUUAAAGCUGUGAGUCAGCUGAUCGCGGAUGUAGGAAUCGGGGGUUCACGCUUCCAGCAGUCUCUGGCCAUCAUCAACAACUUCGCCAAUGGAGACACGCCACUUAAAAACACAACAUUCCCGGCUGAGGUGAAGGACCUGACCAAGAGGAUACGCACGGUCCUAAUGGCAACCUCCCAAAUGAAAGAGCAUGAGAAGGACCCGGAGAUGUUGGUGGACCUGCAGUACAGUCUGGCCAACUCCUACGCCAGCACACCUGAGCUCAGGCGCACCUGGCUGGAGAGCAUGGCCAAGAUCCACGUCAGAAACGGAGACCUGUCUGAGGCGGCCAUGUGCUACAUCCACAUCUCGGCACUCAUAGCAGAGUCUCUGAGGAGGAGAGGUUACUGGAAGUCUGAGAAGGGUCGGAUCCCGAGUGUGAGCAAAGAGGGAGCCUGUGUAAUUAACUGUAGCCCCUUACUAACUCCCCAAGAUGGAGAAUCAUCGUUCAGUAUGGGUUGGGCCGCCUUCAUGAAUAUAUCUCCGAAUGUUAAAGAAGAGGGAGCAAUGAAAGAAGACGCUGGCAAUCAGGACACUCCUUACACAGAGGACACACUGGUGGAGCAGUUAGAGAUGUGUGUGGAUUACCUCUGGAAGUCUGAGAGAUACGAGCUCAUUGCAGAGAUCAACAAACCUGUUAUAGCGGUCUUUGAGAAGAGACGAGAUUUCAAGCGGUUAUCGGAGCUGUACUAUGACAUUCACCGCUCAUACCUGAAGGUGACAGAGGUUGUGAACUCAGAGAAACGUCUGUUUGGUCGGUACUAUCGUGUGGCUUUCUAUGGACAGGGCUUCUUUGAGGAGGAGGAGAGCAAGGAGUUUAUCUACAAGGAGCCGAAGCUCACAGGACUGUCGGAGAUUUCUCAAAGACUCCUCAAACUCUAUUCCGACAAGUUUGGAGCCGAGAAUGUCAAGAUGAUCCAAGACUCCAACAAGGUGAAUCCUAAAGACCUGGACCCCAGAUUUGCCUACAUUCAAGUGACCUAUGUAGUGCCUUAUUUUACUGAAAAGGAGCAGCUGGAGAAGAAGACCGACUUUGAGCACCAUCACAACAUCAAUCGCUUUGUCUUUGAGACGCCCUUCACUCUUUCUGGAAAAAAACAUGGAGACGUGGAGGAACAGUGCAAAAGAAAAACCAUCCUGACCACCAGCUCCAGUUUGCCCUUCCUGAAGAAGCGCAUCGAGGUGGUGGAGCAGCAGAGCACUGAGAUGAACCCUAUCGAGGUGGCGAUCGAAGAGAUGAGCCGGAAGGUGUCUGAACUCAAACAGCUGUGCAACAUGGAGGAGGUGGACAUGAUCCGCCUGCAGCUCAAACUACAGGGCAGUGUCAGUGUUAAGGUGAAUGCGGGGCCCAUGGCCUACGCCCGAGCCUUCCUUGAGGAGAAGAAUGCCAAGAAAUACCCAGACAACCAAGUCAAGCUCCUGAAAGAAAUCUUCAGGCAGUUUGCGGACGCAUGUGGGCAGGCCCUGAAAGUGAACGAGCGUCUCAUAAAAGAAGACCAGCUGGAGUAUCAGGAGGAGAUGAAAGCUCACUAUAAAGACAUGCUGACUGAGCUCUCCGCCAUCAUGAAUGAGCAGAUUCAGUUCACAAGACAACCAGGACCCGAACGACACAAUGCCAUCUGAGCUGCUAGUGAGCUUCGGAAACGGUUUUCUCCAAAAUGGCUGCCGGGUUUUUAUGACUAGAGGGAUUAACAGAGUUUGUGAUUUUAAUGAAAAAGAAAAGACAAAAAGGAAAAGCAUUCUAGUAUUGUGGAUGAAGCAUAUGACUGUUUUUUUUUUUUUUUUUGCAUUACACACACACACCCCUGCAUAAACUCGCCAAUACCAUCUCAACAAGUACAUGCAUCGCAUCAAAUAUGCCUUUUUAUUCUAGAACCUGCUUUUAGAAAACAGUGACCUUAAUUAACUAAGCAAAUCUCGUGUUCGAAAUAUUUUAUAGGGCUUUCUCUUGUCAUUUUUUACAUCAUCACUGAUAUCUGAAUACUGUUAGCAGUCUGAUUGUCAUGUUUCAUUCUCUGUAUGCGCACACAUCUCUAGUCCCUGAAUGUAAAGCCCUUCUAACAUUCCCAGCUCACUCAUUUUACAAACGCAAAUGUGCUAUUUUAUACGUUUUUUUAUGAUUGAUAAUGUUUUACUGUUACUUUGUGUACUGUUGUAAAUUGUAAAUAAGAAUAAUUAAAAUGUAAAAUGUUUUUUUAUAUAUUAAAAUAUGAUAUAUGAC